GACUGAAACAGGAAGUAUUAUUGUUGUUGCUGGUGGUGGAGGAUAAGCUGCCCGAGAACUGCAACAUAACGUUACUCGAAACAGAGACCUUGCACAUCGCACAAUUUCUCGGUGAUUAGGGAGGGCAGUGAUACCAUGUGGAAGUCACAUGAACGACAAGGAUGAGGCAUAAACAACAAGGGGGCAGCUUGAGGAGAGAGCCGCUGCACACUGUUUGCCACAGGGAGGGGGUUUGCUGCUUGUAAAGGCCCUGCACAAGCAGCCCCCUGUGUGCCCCUUUCCUGAACAUAUGCAAUGAACAGCACUACUCAGCCCCCUGCCAUCAUAGAUGGGGAUGUGGCAGUCAGCUAUGUGUUGGUGCCAUUUUUCCUCAUCACCAUCAUUGGAAUAGCUGCGGCUGUGGUCAUGUAUAUUCGUAAGAAAAGGAGAAUUGACAGACUCCGUCAUCAGCUGUUACCAGUUUACACAUAUGAUCCUUCAGAGGAACUUAAUGAAGCUGAACAAGAAAUGUUGUGGAGAGAAGAGGACACACAGAUUGUACAAGGUUGGGCCAGAAGUUAUCAACAGCGACGCCCUCUUCUGGCCAAAGACGUCAAUGCAUGAUAGUGGUAAACCAUGGCAUCAAACACUGUCAGUGCGGAGAUGGCCCUCUGCCACACAGAUCAGUCAUUUUCAAAGUCAUGCACAAGAAUUUUCUUGAUUUGUUUUUCUUUAAAAUGGUUUGGCGGUAUCUUUGAGUACAUCAGCAGGAGUCUGCAUUUUUCUUUUUCAGCACAGGGUGACUGUUCAUUUAUGAGGUUCUGAUGCCAGUUUUGGGUGUGCCUAACAGACGCAGUACCUGAAACUUAUUUAUUUGAAAUUAUUUAUUCAAACUUUGCUUUACUGUGGUAUUCAGUGGCAGGACUCAGAGUUAAGAAAGGUGGAAUGUAUCUAAAGAGCAGGUUCCUGUAGGUGUGCUCUGUUGUUUACAUUUCUAAUGUUGUGGGCGACGUGUGGCAAGCAGUUAUAUUCCUGUGGGUUGCAGUAGGCAUUUGUACUGACGAUAAUUUAGGGGCUGUGGUAAAGAGUAUGAAUGUUCUGCACUAGUUAAAAAUUGUCACUCCUGCUAUGAGAAGGUUUGUGAUCAUUUGGUUGUGGUUGUUGUGUAGAGGUCAUUUCCAUUGCUUUAAAAACAAAUAUGGCUGCUUUCAUUAAAUGCUGUUAAACAGUCACAUUUGUUGACCUGAAACACUGCAACACCACUCCCAAAAAGAGCUUUAGCGUGAGAAGAUAAAGUUAGAAUUAGCUUGGUAUUUUCAGUUUCUUUUUAAGACAAAAGGUUGAACACACACAUACACCCUUUUGGUUUUAAUUUCUUCAGAGCUUAACUAGCCGGCCUAACAGUCUGCAUCUUCUUGUGGUUCAGCCAAAUCCUAUGACUCUUAUCAAAGGCAUGAAAAGCCAGAUAUGGGAGUAAAUAAAUCCAACCUCUUCUCAUCCCCAAAAUGAGUUGUGACUAGUACCCUAAAUAUGUCCUGUCUGCAAGGCAUGGCACCAGCACAGAUUUACCUCCAGCAGAAGAAUCUGUUCAUAUGAAUGCCAUAGGUCUGACUGUAUCAAGCACUCAGGAAACCCGCGCUUUCUCUCUCUUUUUUUUGUAACCUUUCCUGACCCUUAUUUGCCUUGCAUUUGUGAAUGUAAACUAAGAACAAUAGAACUGUUAAACUGUCCUGGAAGGGGAAAAACCCUCAGUUCAACAACUCAUGUAUUGCAAUGGACAGCUAAUGCUCAAAACUUGUGAUGUUAUCAGGUAUGACAUCUAGAGGUUCUUUAGAAUGAGAAUGAGCUCACACAUUGGAUAUGCUUCCUGCAGUAGGUUCUGGACUUGAUAACAUCUUUACCCCCAGAACAUGCUCCUCGGUGCUCCCCAGUCAUUUUUACAUCUCACUGUUUGUUUUCUAUGCAUUUAUCUAGAUUUUUUUUUCACAUAAUGGAAAAGUAUGAGAUGGGCGAUUCACAGUUUAGAUUGUACAAAUGUUUGAAUUAAUUCACACUGGGAAACUUUUCACGGGAGGCUGAUUUCAGGUUGCACUUGAAAAGUCAAAGAACUACUGAUGUAAAAUGUUAAUAGCAGCACUGUUAUGAAGUUUUACUUUUCAGAUUGUUGCACUGUUGUUUCAAGAGACUGAAUCAGGCUGAUUUGAAUGUUGAGGAUGUAAAUAAAGUAACUUUUGUCUUUG